AUGGAGACGCCCACCCGACCGCACCGUGUCAAGGUGUAUGAGCUGGAUUCCGGCCAAUGGGUCGACAAGGGCACCGGCUACUGCACGGGCGAGACUCGAGGUCCGUCCAAGCAGCCGUAUCUGGUGGUACAAAACGAGGACUGUUUCGGGUUCAUUCUAGACACCCAUGUGACGGGAUCCAUUCAGUACCAGAAGCAGCAGGAUACGUUGAUUGUGUGGAGCGAGAGUGGCCGCAACGAUCUGGCGCUGUCGUUCCAGGAGGCCAAGGGCUGUAAGAUCAUCUGCGAUUUCUUGCUCAGCAUGAUUCAGAAGAAGUAUGCUCCAGACAUCAGUCUUGUGGCGGUCAUCAACACCGCCGAUGGAGGAGAGGUCCAUGAACCCAUCAGCGUGCCUCUAACCAUGCCGCCACCCCCGGAUCUGCAAAACCUGCUUACUGUUGAGGAGUGCUUGACGGCUGCUGUUGUUUGUGCCUCUCAAUCGACCCGCGACCAAAUGAUCGGCUUUGUGAUCGACCACGACUACAUUGGCCUGUUACAUCCGCUGCUACAGCAGGCCGAGGACCAGCAUCUGUUGCAGCAAUUGCACCAUUUGUGCUGCGCAGUGAAACGGCUCAUCCAGCUCAACGACUCUCAGAUCCUUGAACAGCUCCUUUCCGACGACCACAUCAUGUUCACGGUUGGCUGCCUGGAGUAUGACCCCGAGUACCCGCGACUAAAGGCCAACCACCGGCAGUAUCUACAGAACGAGUCGCGGUUCAAGCAGGUGAUUCCCAUUUCCAACGCUGCGAUUUGCGACAAGAUUCGCCAGACGUUCCGCAUCCAAUUUCUCAAAGAUGUGGUGUUGGCACGGCUGCUGGACGACCAAACCUUUACGAUUCUCACCAACAUGAUUUACUUCUCACAAACGGAAAUCAUUGGCUGGAUUUCCGGCGAUGAAAACUACCUGGAGGCGUUGUUUGGGCUGUUUGAGCAUGAGGACGAAGAUAGAGACUUCACUCUGGACGCCCGCAACGCAGCCAAUGCACCGGACACGGAGGAGAUCAACUUUUGCAGUGAAGACCUCAACCCACAUACGGGCGUUGACCUCCAAGAACCUGCCACAGAACCAGAUACCCCGAACCGCAAGAACAAAAGAGAUGAGGAGGAUGUCGACGUAAACCACGAGGCAGAAACGAGCCCAAAGAAGCUCAAGGUGGAGGUUUCGGAGGUGGAGGUAGAAGGAGAUCUUGAAAACAGCUCACCAAUCACUCCCACUCUACCGCAGGAGUUUUCGACGCUUCCGCAGCCUACUCUGUCUUAUUUGACGCCAAAGUUUCUUGUAUCGGACGAAAAACGACGAGAGGCAGUGCGGUUCAUUCACACAUGCUGUUUAACGGCCAAAAACCUGCAAACUCAGCAGAGAUCUGUGCUUUUUGGACAGUUUAUCAAACACGGACUGUUUCGUCUGGUGGCGUUUGCGCUCAAAGACGACAGUAUUCUGAUCCGAAGUCUCGGGACGGAGCUGGUGGUGACCCUAGUGGACCAUGAUGCCAAUCUGGUCCGAGGAAUCGGGCAAACUGCAGAGAUGGCUGCCGCCGCUGGAGGACCAGGAGAUACCACCCCCGACGUGUCCAUGAUGGACGUGACUAACAUCGUUGAAGAGGCAGUGGAUCAGCCGGCACUACACAAUAUUCUGAUUGAUUUGCUGAUAGCGGAGCGCGACAUGGGGCUUCGAACGCAGGCUGUGGAGACGUUGAAGGCGCUGUUUGACCCCGAAACCGGCGAGCGUGCGGAAACGUAUAUUCGACAGCUUUACAAUGGCCCGAUGCUGAGACUGUUUGGGCCACUGGUUGAGGAGUCGGGCUCGGAUUUCACGCUUUACGAGCACCUGUGUGACCUGCUGAGCUUUUGUUCAAUCUCGCACGGCUUCAUCGCACGGGAUUUCUUCAUCCAUAACAAAAUCUGGGUCGCCAUGUCGCGCUUGGUGUUGGUUUCCAACAAGCAGAUGCAGCUGGCGGCGAUCCGGAGUCUCAAGGGCGCGCUGGUGGGCGGCGACGAGUUGGUUCUAUCGCACUUGAUUGAAAAUAAGGUGUUUGGACCCAUUUUGACGCUUCUGGUGCAGCUUGGAAACCGCAACAAUCUCAUGCACUCAGCGUGUCUCGACUUUUUGCAUAUCGUGCGAGUUGGUGUCACCAAACCUGAGACCCGUGCUUCGAUGGCACGUGUCCAAGCCCAUCUUGUCGACGAGUACACUCUGGAGUUACAGCAGCUUGCAUACACUGGUGUGGCCACUACCCUGUUAGAGAUACCGCCUCCGGUACCUGGCUCAGACGACACAGAGCCUAACUCGCCGACACAGGCCAAGGCCCAGGAUUCGCUGCGAUCGCGCAACUGUCUGGUCAAAAAUCCGACCUCGUCCACUACGCCCAAGCGACGGCUAGUGGCACGCACCGCUGAAGAGCAGAGAGAGGCAAUUGAGGCCGUGAGAAGGAAAAAUAUUCUGGAGCAUCAGAUGAGGGAGGAGCGAGAGCGCGGGGCUCAAGGGGACAGGGAGCAGGGCUCGGAGGCUCCGCAGACACAGGAAGGUGUGGGGGAAGAGACCCAGGAAGGGGUGACUUCGAGUGUAGAGAUGGCGCCUGCAGUAGGUAACCUCAGUUAG